GAGUUCAAAUGCUACCUCAGACACUUGACCCGGAUGGAGUCACUUCACCCUGUCUGCUUCAGUUUCUUCAUCUGUAAAAUGAGCUGGAGAAGGAAAUGGCAAACCUCUCCUGUGUCUUUGCCAAGAAAACCCAAAUGGACCCCGGAGGGGGACACGAGCGAAAUGACAACAAAUGGGUGUGCCAUCUUCACACUAAUGUCUGUCUCACCCACGUCCCGGGGUCCUCUCCUAGACCCCGCCCCGGCUCCCUUCCAAGGGCAGUGCCUGGGGAGCCUAUGAUUUUAUCCGCUCCCUAGCAGCUCCCUGGCCGCUCUCCCUCCAGGCCUCGUCCCGCCCCUCGCCCCGCCCCUUCAGCCCCGCUUAAACUGUUUUCCUCUUUCCCUCCCCCGUCCUUGACCCUGAUGAAACCUCCCUUCAGCCCUGCCCUCCGCAGCCCCGCCCCCUGUCUAGACCACGCCUUCUGGCUCAGCCCCUCUCCCAGCCACUAGACUCGUCAUGGCCUCUCUGGUCCCGCUCCGAGACUGCCAGGCUUGGAAGGAUCAAGGCCUGCCUCUGUCCACCACCAGCAAUGAAGCCUGCAAGCUCUUUGACGCCUCCCUGACCCAGUACGUGACCUGGAGCAACGAGAAAAGUCUCGGCGGCCUGGAAGGAUGCUUUUCAAAAAUGAAGGCGGCGGAUCCCACGUUCGUGAUGGGGCACGUCAUCGCCAACGGCCUGGCGCUCAUUGGCACGGGGACCUCGGUGGCACUGGACCCAGGCCUCCGCCUCUCCAUGGAGACCAUGGUGGAGCUUUCCAGGAACCAGCCGCUGACCGAGCGGGAGAAGCUGCACGUGGCGGCCGUGGAGAUGUUUGCUAAGGGGUGUCUUCCCAAAGCCUGCAUCUUAUGGGAACAGAUCCUCCAGGACUAUCCCACCGACAUGCUGGCGCUGAAGUUCUCCCACGAUACCUACUUUUACCUGGGCUAUCAGGUGCAGAUGAGGGACUCUGUGGCUCGGGUCUUUCCUCACUGGGCCCCCGGCAUCCCCCUCAGCAGUUACGUAAAAGGCAUUUAUUCUUUCGGAUUGAUGGAAACGAACAUCUAUGAUCAGGCGGAACAGCUGGCCAGAGAGGCGCUCUCUGCGGACCCCACGGACGCCUGGUCCGUGCACACCAUGGCCCACAUCUACGAGAUGAGAGCCGAGGUCAAGGACGGGCUGGCCUUCAUGCGGAGCUCCGAGUCCAACUGGAAGGACCGCGACAUGCUCGCCUGCCAUAACUACUGGCACUGGGCCCUGUACCUGAUAGAGAAGGGAGAACACGAGGCGGCCUUGACGAUCUAUGACCAGCACGUAAGUCUGCAUGGAGGCCCCAGCUCCGGGGGCCUCCCUGCCCACUUGGGGAUCUCCCUGCCCGCUCCAGGGGGCUUCCCUGCCACUCUGGGCAGAUGCACCAGGGGUCUCCCCACAGCCCCCCAAAGCAGCCCCACGUUGUUGCCCCCAAUCAGUGACCCAGGUCAGAUCCCCUUCAGGCGCUGUUCAUAUGGGGGCCUCCCCCAGCUCUUUCUUACCCAGAAGGAAGCCCUGGGUCAAUGCUGGCUCCAAAUGCUGCUGGGAAGGGGAAAGAAGGGGUGGCAGAGGGCGGGGGUGGGGGGGGAGAAAGGGGGCAGCCGUGGCGGCCAUGUGAUCUCAGGCGAGUCGCUGUGCUCAGGCCUCAGCGUUCCCCUCCAAGAAUGGGUCGGUAGACAUUUGGUCUGUGGCAGCCACGGGACCAGCGUCUGGGUCUGCCUUCUUCCUCUCGGGCUGGCAGUCUUCCCGCUGAGCCCUCCUAGUUCUGUGUCUGUGAAAUGGGCUGAGGCUGCGAGGGCCGGGGGGUCUCCCCCCUCCCACCCCCCGCCCCCGGGCUGCCGGACACGGACACGUCCCGCGAGGACGUCCUGCCUGGGAGCUGACGGUCACAGACUGGGAGGCGGCCUCCUGCCGGCCGCAAGUGUCCAGAGUGCUCCGGCCCCAGUCCAGAUGGAGCCUCAGCCACAAGCUAGCCCUGGGCGGGCCGGGGCCCCGGUUACGGCCCCACGGUGCCCGGGCCCUGAUAUCGAGGGCGGGGGCCCCCAUUACGGCCCCCACGGCCGUGCUGAGACGUUCACAUUGCAGAUUGCGCCCCGCCUUCUGGCGACGGGGUCGAUGCUGGACAUGGUGGACAGCUGCUCCAUGCUCUACAGACUCCAGCUGGAAGGUGUGCACGUGGGGGACCGCUGGCAGGCCGUGCUUCCGGUGACGAAGCCGCAUUCCAGGGACCACAUCCUGCUCUUCAACGACGCUCACUUCCUCAUGUCCUUCCUGGGGGCCAAAGACCACGGGACCGUCCAGGAGCUCCUGAGCACCCUUCAGGAACUGGGCCAAAGCCCCGGGGAGAACCACCAGCACUGGCUGUCUCGGGAGGUGGGGCUGCCCCUGUGCCAGGCCCUGGUGGAGGUGGAGAAUGGAAACCACGACCGGGCUGUGGACUUGCUGCUUCCCAUCCGAUACAGGAUCGUCGAGCUCGGCGGCAGCAAUGCUCAGAGAGACGUCUUCAAUCAGCUGCUGGUUCACGCUGCAGUUCGGUGUCGGCGGAAAUGCCACCGGAACCUGGCCAGGAGCCUCCUCAUUGAGCGGGAUGCCCUGAAGCCCGGCUCUCCUUUGACCGAACGCCUCAUCCGAAAGGCAUCGUCCUUGCAUCUCAUGGAGUAAAGCCUUCCUAGGGGGAACUGGCCUUCUUCCUCCUUCCCAAAGAGUGCCAGUCUCACGAUUGUCCAUUUGAAGGAAGCCACAAUGCCCAACUGAACCAGAAGCCAAAUUCUAUUCCCGCCCCCUAGAAAAGGAAAUCUCCACAGAGGCCACAAGCACCUUCACCAUCCUCUGCCUGCUAUCCCACUUCAUUUAAGAAGGGACACUCACAUCUCAAGUGUCAGAGAGCGGGUCUUCUCCUUUGUGAAUUAUCUGCUUUGAUUUGUAAGCACCCAGCCCCAUCUUGUCUAGAGAAAAGGGAAUUGAGGCAAGGAGAGAGGAAGAACCUCCCUUCUUCCCUCCCCUUCCUCUUUGCACCUAAUGUGAAGCUCUGGGCUUUUCCUGUCAUUUUAUAACUUCUGAAAAUGUCUAAACCCAACAUGACCAAGGAGUCACAUGUAUGGCUCCCCUCACCCCCCGUACUCUUAACAGUCACCAAUGGAAAAAGGUGGCCUCUGGGCUCUAGGAGAGUCUGCAUCAGCCUGGAGGCCCCACUCUGACAUUUUCAGGUUGGGGCCAUGGUGACCAGAUGAGAAGACAGGCUCAAGGUCCUCCUGUCUGGCAUCAAAAUAGCCCCUCCAUCAUUAGGGGCAGCCUGACCAGUGUGGGACUGUCUCCUAUGCUUUGAUGCAGGCUUUUUUUUAAUCAACUUUUCCAGGGAAAUCAAUAUCAACUUGAUCUUGAGCACAUCCCAGACUGCUCUAAGGCUCCCUUUCCUUCUCAGUAAAUUGAGGCUUGUCACCCUCCUGCCACCUUCUCCCUUGUGAGGUUAGUUAUGGAGUUGUGAUGAGGCUGGUGCUUUGUCACCCCCCUAUGGAAACGAUGAGCACACUGGACUUCCAGCCGACUUCAUGGGUGCUCACCUCUCAACAAUCAGAUCAGUCGUCAAGCUUUCAGCUUUCCAAGGUCCCAUUUGUGUGCAGGCCACGAUGCUUUGGGGGAAAUCCUUUUCAGUCUCUCUUCUCUGAGCAUCAAGAAAAACAGGGUCAGCAAAUACGAGGUCAUGGAAUUGGGGGGCACCAAAAAUUCAGGGAGCCCAGAAGGCUUCAUGUGGAGUAUUUGAGCAGGGCUCAGGAGAGGUCCUAAGGAGCAGAGGUCAGGAGGGAUGGCGUUUAAGGCCUGGAGGUGGGAGAUGAACUAUUGGGUGAGGAACUACGGAAAAGCCAGUUAGACUGGAUUGUAUGAAGGGCAGUCUUGUAUACAAUAGUUAUGUAUAAAUGUAUAAGAAACUAAAGACGAUUGAAUGGAUCCUAGAUUGAAGGAGGAGGACGUUAGAGGCAGACAUGGCAAUAAUCCAGAUAGGAGGUGAUGGGGCUAAACAGAGAUGGUGAUUCUAGGUGUGGAGAGAAAGUGAUGGCAUGGGACAUUGUGGAAGCAGAAGGAAAAGUCCUGACAAGAGAAUGGCUAUUGGGGUGGAGGAUCUUGAAGAGUUAAGGAUGACACCAAAGUUGUUGACUUCUAUCACUGGGAUGACAGUGGUGAGGAGGAGGAAGAGAAAUGUUUUUUUUGGUUUCUUUUUUUUGAGGAAGAUAAUUCAGGAGUAGCACCAAUGAAGUCAAAGUCACAAAAGAUAAAAUUUUGGACAUAUUUUGCCUGUUUUGGACAUGUUGAGUUUGAGAUGCCCAGCUCAAAGUCUGUGACCUCUCAUCUCAUGAAAAAUAGCAUCAAAGAAUCUGAACUUGGGCCAAGUGGAGGUGGGGGGUAUAAGGAAGUGGGUAGUUAUAGGUGAAGAAUAGGUUUCAAAUAAACCAAACUGCAGUGCUGCUUUUUAAAAAAUGAAUGUAACAGAAUUUAAGGAAGAGGAAAACGACUUAGCAGUUAUAACUUUGAAUGGACUAAACUCAACCACAAAAUGGAAGAGAGACUAGAUCAUGAGACAGAACCCCAUAAUUUUCUGCAUAGAAAAAACUUACUUGAAACAUCAACAUAUAGAGUUAAAUUGAAGAGCUGCAAUAAAUUUAUUGUUUUGAAUGAAUAAAAAAUGCAGCGAUUAAAACCAUGAUUUCAAGUAAGACUAGAUAGAUAAAAUAGAUGCUCUCAAGAGAAACAAAAGGAAAACACAUUAUGCUUUCAAUAGAUUCAGAAACAGAAUUAAAGAACAAGCCACAGAGAUAAUUUUUAAAAGUAAAUUAAAGGGGAUUAGAAAAAUGAAACAACAUACCAAAAUAAUGUCAAUAGUAAAUAUAAAUCUAUGUGCGUAGAGUAGUGUAGCAUUUUAGUUCUCUGGGGAAACCCUAUAAUACAAUGAUAUUUUGAUAGGAAGAAAAUGAUUUCAAAAUUCUUCUCAGAACUUUAUAAGUCUAAAAAAAAAGUAAGAUAGAAAUCAUAUAACAUUGAAAUAUAGAAUAUAACAGUGAAAAAAAAGAUAGUUUUGAUAGGAUUCUGGUAAUUAUUGAAUGAUUAAAGAGCAUGCUUAUGCCAUACCUAUAAAAACAGUGCAUGCUUGGGCAUAAAUAAGUCAUAAUUAUGUGUAAAAUGAAGAAAUAUGAAGUGCUUUCUUAAUAGACAUGCAAUAAAAAUAGUCACCAGGGAAGGGAAUAUGAAUAAAAGAUAUUCCUAAAUGGAGACAAUUUGAUCCCAAUAUCUAGCCUAGAAAAAAAAUCAUGGGAAAACUGAUGUGAAAAUGUUCAAUAAAAAUAUGAGCCAGGACAUUAAAGCAAUCUAUAGAAAUAUUCAGUGACCAAUUUAAUAAUACUGGGGGUAAGAAUGAGUUGUUUCUGUAUUCUACUUUCACUUUAUACAAUUGACCAAAAAAAAUUUAUUUUAAAGCAAACAUACUUUUUGUCAAAGUAUAUUUCCACAAUGAUCAAUUUUGAAAGUCUUGCAUCUUCUCAGCAGUUCAGUGAUCCAAGGCAAUUUCAAUGAACUCUGGAUACAAAAUGCCAUCUGCAUAUGGAGAUUGAAUGUAAAUAACACAUGCUAUGUUCCAAUUUUUUUCUUGUAGUUUUUCCCUUUCUGAUUUUCCUCUCUCAACAUGAUUCAUAAAGAAA